AUGGAUUGCGUGGAAUUCGAAUCGGAAGAAAUUCAAGUUGCCAUCACUGAAACUCUGUCGACCGCCUGCUCUCAUAAAAAUUGUAGGGCAUUGGUUACCAUGCAUUGCCAAAAGUAUUUGGCAAAUUUGAUGACCAGUAAAAACCAAAAGCUCAAGACCACGGCGGCAGUCGCGUUAACCAAGAUAAAGCUGGAUGAAGAAAAGUCACCUGGCGAUGAGAAACAGGAUGUCAACAGCAAGAUUAGGGUAAUCGAUGAAGACGAAGCGUUACUUUCGGAUCUGUUCGAGAGGGCAGUGUUGAAUGAUGAGGUUGAUGUGGAAGUAAGGGUUAGUGCCAUCGAAGGAUUAGCAUACUCUAGCCUGAAACCCACGGUGAAAGAAGUAAUAACUUAUCAUCCGACGUUGUUCAAAGAAAUCUUCAACCUCAUUCAGGAAGAAAAAACGAACAAUGCUUUAUGUUAUGGUGUGGCUGUCAUGUUAUCUAAUAUCACAACAUACAGGAGGAGAUUGAGUGAGACGGAAGAACAAUAUCUCAAAUUGAAGAAGUUGGCAGGAGAAGCAUCAAAUCUGGAACCGGAUCCGGUGGAUGAUGAUGAAUAUGUGAUCAAUCGUGGCAAGCAAGUCAUGAAACUAGGAGUGGUUCGUGCAUUGACCACCAUGUCAAAAUGUAGUAGCGAAAUGAUUAGACAAAUUGUUGCAAAGAUAUUUCUGAAUCUGUCCACGGAUCAAAAUAAUCGCGGGGCAAUUGUUCAACAGGGUGGCAUCAAGGUAUUAAUUCCAUUGGCAACUAAGGGACCGAAGGAGACGACGGCGUAUGCAACGCAAGCUCUCGCAAAGAUAGCAAUUACCAUGGACCCAAGUUUAGCAUUUAGGGGAGAAAGGGCAACGGACCUGGUGAGACCAUUCUUAGCUUUGUGCCAAGGAGAAAGUGAACUCUGUCAGUUUGAAGCUCUGAUGGCACUAACGAAUCUGGAGAGCGUGGACGACGACAUUCGAAUGAGAAUCUACGAUGCCAAGGGAAUCCCGAUCAUCGAAGGUCUACAGUUUUCAGAUAAUGUAAUGAUCCGCAGAGCUUCCACCGAAUGUCUGUGCAAUAUGAUGUUCUGUGAACCAGUUUAUGAAAUGUACAGCGAGAUCGGAGAAUCUGCCGCAAACAGAAUUAAAAUUUUGGUGGCACUUUCGGACGUUGAGGAUUUCGAAACGAGGAGAGCAUCCAGCGGGGCAUUGGCGAUUCUAUCGACAAGUCCGAAUGUGUGUAAAAUGAUAGCCGAACGGCCACGUGGAAUUGAUUUGUUAAAAGAUUUGAUAUCUGAACAAUCGAUAGAGAUUCAACAUCGGUGCGUUGAGAUUAUUAAGAAUAUGACAAAGGUUGAUAAAAAGAUGGUGGAGACAUUGGUCAGAGCCAAAGUUCACGAAAAGUUGGCGGAAUUCAUCAAGGAAUGUAAGGUUGAACCUGUGGUGGAAAUAGCGGUCGAAGCAUUACGAGAGAUAUCAAAGUAUUCGAGUUCUAAUAGAGAGUAA